AUGCUGAGAGGGAAGUUUGACAGCUACAUUUUACUGGAGCCGUUAAACAAUGCGCGUGUGCAACAUGCCCAGCGAGAAUCUGAUGGGAAACAGUGCUUACUCUUCCAAGUACCCGGUAUUUGCGCUGAUACAAUAGAAGGUGUUUUUCAGUACGCUGUGGGGCUUAUUAGUCGUGCACCGCGGACCCUGGUUCCAUAUAUCGAUUAUAUAAGCGACUCCGCACACAGAGGAUACCUUGUCUCUUUGUUUUCCGAUAAGCCCUCUCUCGCGGAAGUUAUUAAUGUGAAGAGCACGGGGAAUGAACCAUUCACAGAGGCAGAAAUUUAUGAUAUCUAUAGUCAGCUGCGUGAUGCAGUUACAUUUCUUUCUAAUACCCCGGGAUACAAUGGUCUCUUUUCAUCUCAUGGGGCCAUCUCAGCUGAGACUGUUAUUCUUACAGACACAUCACGCAUUGCCUUAUUAGGAUAUGGUCUGGAUGCGAGUGCUAACCUAGUUACCGAUAUUAGGAGCGUUGCAAGACUCUUGACCAAGAUUGUAGGGAUCAAUCUUCCAACUCAAGAAUCAAAGGCAUACACUAAGGAAUUGGACUUAUUAAUUCAAGCACUAGAGAUGGGUGAUGACUUUCCAUCUACAAUAAGCUGUGCUAAGGGAUCAGCAGGGGUAGGUGUUUUUGAUCUUGAAGAAUAUGGAGCUACUACUCAAAACCAGCUACUAUUAUCUACGCUGUCACAACACCAUCAAGUCGCUAUGUCCCCUGGGAGCACAAAUGCCCCGCAAGUUGAGCUGAGCGCGACGAAGGUAACUUCAACCGCACGAACGUUUGAUCCUCGCAUAUCCGUGCAGGAUCUAUCACGCACUGGAUUGGCCUUUACUAUGCCACCGUAUGACGCCUUAGUAGAUGCUGUUAGGCAGAAGAAUCUCGACCGUGUUACAGCACUUCUUGGACGCGGUCUGACUUCGCCUCCAUUGUGUCCAAAGACAGCUCUCAUGGAGGCUGCGAGCUUGGGAUAUUAUGAAAUUGUCCAAGUGUUACUAAACACAGAAGCAAUGCGCAUAUCAUCUGAGGGACACACAGCACUCCACUAUGCACUAAAAAGCGGACAUCUUGACAUAGCACUGGCUCUGCACGAUUUAGAAAGACAAGAUCAUUCAUUGGUGGUUUCAAACCACAACAUGACGAACCUUUUGUUUGCCGUUGAGGCAGAAGACAUUGAUUCAGUAUGGUAUUGGCGUGAGAAACAAUCAGCCAUACCAGACGAAGACGGAUUUACUGCACUACACAAAGCAACGCAGAAAGACUAUCUCCCUGCGAUUCGGAUUCUUGCACAACAUGGACAUGGCAUUGCAGACAGGGACGGAAGGGUUGCACUUCACUAUUGUGCAGAGAAGAAUUAUAUUGAUGCAGCGCGGAUAUUAGCUCCAUAUGAGCAAGGUAGCCGCACUCCUGAUGGCCUUACAGCACUUCAAAUAGCAUAUACCAACGGAUUCUUGGAGUUGGCACGGGAGCUCGUUCAGUAUGAAGGUCCCAGCGACACCGUCCCCACGGCAGAAAGUGAUUUCAACACUGACCUAAUGCUAGCCGUAGUUAAUAAGGAUCCCUUUAGCACAUUUUGUUACUUACGACAGGCACGAUUAAGGAAUGUCUUUGGCAUGACUGCAUUGAUGUUGGCGGCCAAGUACGGAAAUCAGCAGGCUAUCGAAUACUUAAUUGAUGUCGAAGGUGGCAUGCAGGUUGAUCAGCAAGAUUGGAUAGCUGAUCCAGAUUCGACCAGUCUUAUUGGAAAGACCGCACUUAUGUUUGCGGCAGAAGCAGGAUCUCUUUCUGCUGUUGCAAGACUAGCAAGUGUAGAGGCAGGGCUGGUAGAUAAGGCCGGUGAAACGGCUCUCAUGAAAGCCACCAUAAUGAAUCAUACGGAUAUCAUCGAUCUUUUGGCGCCACUAGAGAAUAAUAUACGAAGUUUUACAGAUGCUACCGCACUUACUAUAGCUAUUCGCAUGGGCUAUCAAGAGGCGUGCGCUAUCUUGAAGGACUAUGAAGGGCCACCUGCUACCGAUGUCACAUUCUGCGAGCAAGGCUCUGAGCAUGUGAUGACACCUCUCAUGAAGGCAGCAGAUGCAGGCAAUUUUAAUUACACAUGGUGUCUUCAGUCUCAGAAAAACCUUGUUGAUAGCAAGGGAUGGACAGCACUAAUGUAUGCAGCAGCCAAAGGUCAUGCAGAUUGUUGUGAGCUUCUACUUGAUACAAAGAGUAUCGUCUCUGCAGAUGGGGAGACAGCUUGGCAAAUUGCGCAACGUAAUAGUCACAAGCACUUAUUGUCCAUGCUCGAGCCUGACAGCAUAGUUGAUGAGCAAGGAAACUAUGAUCUGCAUCGAAUAGCCAUUACGAAAGGUCCUAUAAUUACUAAGCAAUAUUCCUAUCAGUAUAAAUUAUACAAUGGCGCCGGAUUAACUGCACUGAUGUUGAGAGCAGGUACGCGUGGAUGCAGGUGCGUCGAUCAGUCACUUUUAGAGGCAGAAUCAGGAAUGCGGUCAACAGAUGGGCAAUCCUAUGCUCUAAAGUGCGCGCUCUUGGCCGGUAACAAAGAUAUGGUUGAUGUAUUAUUGCCAGUAGAGCGAGAUUUUUUAGUUGAAGAUGGCUACACAGAUCUCAUGAUCGAUGCCUUCUAUGGUCGUAUGGACCAGGUCACUUCCAAGACAACACUCUAUGGUCUUCAGGCAAACGAUGGAACAACAGCGUUGAUGCUGGCAUGUGCAGCUGGGCAUGUUGAUGUAGCGAGGAUAUUACUAGGAAGCGAAGUGGGACUUCAAACUAAGCAGGGAAUAAAAGCGUCCCAACUUGCCAUUCAAUCCGGUAACAAGGAGCUUUGUAAUCUUAUCGUUCCUCUCGAACUGGGUUUUGUCCCACCAGUGUCCAUAUAUUCUAACACGUCUGAACACGGCUCUGAGGCUAGUACAACAGAGACUAUAACUGAUGAUCUGCAAACUUCAAGCGCAAACCUAGCUAAAGGUGACAUGGUCACGAGCAUGAUUUCAUCGCUACAUCUUGAUCCAGAAAUGCUGAGCCGCUGGGAGAAGCAAAUGAGGCACAACCAUUUAGCUCUACAACGGAUUAUUGGUCCUUCUCCGUCCGCAGAUAGUAAUGGAAAUACUACGCUGCAUCGUGCUGCAUUACAUGGAGAUCUAGCCGGAGUGCAUGCAAGUAUAUACUUAGCAAAAACCACCAACAACAUGCACCAAACGGCGCUUAUGUUUGCAGCAUCUCAGGGACACUCAGCAAUUGUUGAAGUUCUCGUGCAUUACGAAGCAAACAUGGUCGAUGCAGAUGGUCACUUUGCUGCAGAGUUAGCUAUGAUCUCAGGAGACUUAACUUCCAUAGCAAUUUUAGCGUCUGUCGAAAGGGCUCUCUUGAUGAGCGCAGGAUAUACGCAGCUUAUGUUUGCGGUUCUAGCAGAUGAUAUUCAUGCCGUAAAAAGGUAUAUUAAGGAAGGCUUACUGCGUCAACAAACUACAGCAGGUCAAACAGCUCUUAUGAUAGCUGUGUUGCUCGCUAGACUUACACUUAUCCCACUGCUCCUAGAAGAGCGCGAUCUUUGCAUGACAAACGGUGUUACCGCAUACGCUAUUGCUACUUCUUUCGCACGCAAGGACUGCUUUACUAAUGAAUUAGUCAACUCAUUAAGGGUAGAUGUUUUGCUAGAUGAUGAUGGAAAUACGCAGCUCAUGCAGAAGGCUAUCUCUGGAGAGGUAGGAUAUGUAAAAGCGUUUUUGUAUAUGCACGGCAACUAUAACAAGAGGGGGUAUAACGCGCUACACUUAUCUGUGCUUAACCGUCAUCAUGAGUGUGUUAGCGUCUUAAAGAGUGUGGAGAGCGGGACAAGACUUCAGGGCAGCUUCAACACAAGAGGGAUUUUCCCAGUGGUUGAGCCAACGGCCCUUAUGAUAGCGGCCAUGGUAGACGACUGUAACUCCAUCAAAGAGCUAGUUGCAACUGAAGCUACUCUCACUGAUUCUAAGGGAAGGACUGCAUUAAUGUUAGCAGCUAUUUAUGGACACGCGGACGCGUGUAAAGUGCUUGCUCCAUAUGAAGCUGGAUCUCAAGACAACUUCGACCUAACUGCACUUAUGUUUGCUUCUACGUAUGGACAUGUAGAAUGCGUGCAAAUCUUGGCUAAACUUGAGGCCAACAUAGUGACACCGGCAGGUGAUACUGCACUCACCUAUGCCGCAAAGCAUGGCCGUAUCGAGUGCGUCGGAGCCCUGGCCCCCUACGAGGCGAAGGCACACGGGGUCAGGGCCGCCGCCGCCGCCAGCGAGGCCGCCCGGGGCGCGGUGCAGGGACUCAUCCAGGGCUGGCUCUAG